UGUCUGCUCUUGAUCACUACUGGGGCACUGUCACAUAUUUUGGCGGCCCACAGUUGUCAUACUGGCCCGUAGCCUUAAGGAUCACAAGCCUACCUUGUCAUCUGAGGGCGCGGUUUCGAACCUGUGCAGGAGACCGGGCGACCCUCGCAGUAUUCUUAACCCCCGUGCGACUGGUGGUGGUUACGCGGCAGCGAAGUGUUGGUACUGCGUACCGGUGUACUGCUGAUGCAUUUCUGCUAAAUUGUUUACGAGCACUGGUUGGUUAUGACGCGGUAGUGAAAGCAGCAAGGAAGCUGACUUGCCGAUGCUGCCUUAUCUUUGCAUGUAGCCAUACGUUUGUGGUGAUAUAUUGUUGACAAGCUGUGAGUGCCGUAACCCUGAAUAUUUGCUUAGGACAAUAAUGUUUUAUGCUAGUUCCCCCUUCACUCCCUCUUAUUAUCCUUCGUUCCGUGGAUAGCAGUGGUUGUGCAGCAGAGAAGCAUCAGUUCAAAUGGCAGAUGUACUGUUGUUGAUGGUGAAAUACUAAACAUUACAGAUUAUAAAAUUAAAACGUACAUCAAAUAACAGGCUAUGCAUCAGCCUUCACCACCUGAGCAGAAAUUGACGUAGAAGCACAGAAUCAACUGCCCUUCAUCUCUAAAGUGGUUUGCCCUACCAACCGGACAUCUGUAUUGUUUGGUUGUCUCGCUGCCGCUUGAUUUCCGGGGUCAGCGGUGCGGAUAAGUCAGAAAUUUGCGACAAUCGCGAACUGCUCCCGCCUUCAUUUCUUAGGUCCUGCUGAUCUACCAGGCUUUGUUUCAACUCGCGUAUAAUGAUCUUGGGCUCAGAGCCCGUGGUAGAUUUCAUGUACAAUAUAUGCAGUUGUCGAAUAGUUAACCUAGUUUAAACACCGCACACCUAGUUCCUUUUCAGCUCACAUAUCCCAUAUAUAGUGUGGAUUCACUACAUAGAUUAAUUGUUACCCGAGUUCACGCACAAGUGUAAUGUUAGGUUCCUCAUGACAUUUAUCGAUUUUUUUAUCCUGUAUGCUGUUAUGUUCCUGUCAUUUGUACCUUCAAUCCUUUCGUGGAUAUGGGAACGGAGUACACAAAGGUUGUCGACUUCGGGGCUCCUCGUGGGAAAGGCAUUGUCGCCACUCGAACAAUUAAAUCAGGUGAAACGAUCUUCACUGAAAGUCCGUUAAUUUGCUGCCAAUUUUCGUGGAAUCGGCUAUACGGAUAUUUGGCUUGUGAUCAUUGCCUUUGUCCUCUUGAGUCUGCUGAGUUAAACGUUAGGAGACUCACUGGAAACCCACAUAUUGUGUUACCUCAUCCCAAUUGCGAAUCUCUCACUGACGUGAUAAAUCCAUUAAGUUGCCCCGGCUGCAACGUCACCUACUGCACUUUAACCUGUCUGGAAGAGGCAGCUAUCACUUACCACUCCGUUAUUUGUCCGAAAGACGUUUGUCCUUCCAGCAGCCAUCCUAUUCUCCAGCUCGACGAAACCUGGCGACAGCUUCAUUACCCUCCAGAGUCCAGUAGCAUUUUCCUUUUGGUACGUAUAGUUGGUGCCUGCUUGUGUGCCUAUCUCCAUGGUUCUACACCAUCUCAAAAAGUUGUUGCCGCACUUCAGACCUUUGUAUCGUCUACAACUGAACCAGACAAUCACAGUGAUCAUGCCCAUUCAGUCAUCUCGCACAAACUUCUUCGUCCAGAAUAUGUACCAUCCUUACAAAAGUUGCACGACGCCUUUGUGAAUGUUCUUUUUCACCUCACGAGACAAAUUGAGUCUCAUUCCUCUGAGGAUCAAUGCUAUUCACUUCUUCAAAAGGCUGGUUGUAGUGACCUUUUAAGCUUUGAUUGCUUCAAAUCCGCCUUAUGCCUACUCGGUCGAAAUGGCCAAGGCGUCGCGACAAGCUCGUUCAGUCUUUGGGCAAAAGGUGUACAAAUAUUAAUUGCAAACACUGAAGACGCCUCUGAGGUAUCACGCUUUGACGCAAUGUUGUCCGAACUUUAUACUGCAAUGGAAAGUCACUCCGGUGCGUUUUUGGAUGUCGAAGGCGUUGGGCUUUACAAUUAUCAACGUCUUUUGAACCACAGCUGUUCUCCGAACGCAAUGAUUCAGUUCACAGGUGCAAACAGCCGUUUGGCUGUUGUCGCUUUGCAACCGAUCCAGCCCGAUGAAGAAAUCACGAUAAGCUAUUUGGAGAGCUGUCAACAAGCCAGAAGUCGACAUUCGCGACGGAAACUUUUGUCCACAAAUUACCUUUUCUGGUGUGAGUGUCCUCUCUGUGAGGCGGAAAAAUUGCCUGCUGGAUGCGUUAGUGAAACAUCCGAAGAUGAAUCUGAUUCUGAGGAUGGACAGGAUGAAAGUUGUUCCGAGGAAGCACUUUGGCCUUGUCCUCCUUUUUGUUGCUGUUUCGGCGAAUCUCCGAGCGAUGAGAACGAGGAAUUCGUGAGAGGUCGCCCCACUCCAGAGGACGCAGAAUUACGCCGACUUCGUCAAGCCGAGGCGGCUGAGCGCCGAAUCGCUUCCAGUCAGGCCCGUGGUAUAGCUAAUCCUGAAGGAGUUAAGCGCAAGCAACAACUGGCAAUGGAGCAAGAACUUCGAGCUUCAGCUUCUCCAAAUACUGGCGUCGGUCUAAAGUGGAAUGUCGGUUGA